AACGAAUGGAGCAAAAAGCUUAACUACAGACCUUUUAUUAGAAAUGAUCUGUGUUUACGGAUUAUUUGAUUAUUUGAAACUGUUGUGACGUUCGGACGCUUCGGUCAGUCAAAACUAAGCAAAAAAUAAGGGGGGCAAAAGAUAAGACUUUUGUGCGCGACAGCAAGUGUUUAUGGGUAGGACGUAACAGAACCGCGGCAGUUGCCAGUUUGAAAUUGGGACGGGAUCCGUUCGCUCGUUUGCGUUGCGUCUUGUUUUUGAUCGGUUAUGAACAAUUUGUCGGGCGCGAAUUGUCGACAGCGUGGCGGACAUACGCCGCGUGUCUACUCACGUUCGAUCUCGCGCAAGAUGCAUCCGUACGUUACGGAGAUAUCGCGAACAAAUACGACGAGGAACCAGUCGUUAUCGGUGUAUCAUGAAGUCCCAAGCACGAAGUUGAAGAACGUCGUCUGCGUCUUCUGCAAGAAAAAGUUUUAUUUGCCAGAUUUAUCAAACCUGAACCUGAAUGGAUCAAUAUCGAAAGGAACUCUGAUACCUUUAUUGCUAAAAUGUGGGCAUCCAGUAUGUUCUAAAUGUGCUAACACUACAAACAUUAAAAAAUGUCCUUCUUGUGAUAAGAUUCUACAAGACAAUGGUCAAAAAUCCUUACUGCCAUUGAAUUUAUAUGCAUUAGGGCUGAUUGUUUCAUCCCACAAUCGUCCAUUGGAAAACGACGAUGAAGAUUUUAAAUUUUGUCACAAAUUAUCUACACAGUUACGUCAGAUAGCGAGGCAAGGAUGUUGUCAUGAAUGUGGAAAUCAAGCUCAUGUAAACUGCCCACAAUGCAUGGCUCUAUAUUGUCAUUGCUGUUACUCAAAAAUUCAUGGAAGAGCAUUACAGAGUCACACACAAAUCCCAAUAAACAAUGGAGAUUCCAAUCCUGGUAGUAUUUUGAAUAGCUGUUCAUCAACAUGUUCUGAACAAUUAAGCUAUUUUUGUAAUGACUGUAAUGUGGCUUGCUGUUCAAAUUGCACUUUGUGUUUGCAUAAGCUGCAUGACUAUGUGGCACUAUCAGAAAAAAACGAGAUGCUGAUGUUCGAGUUCAAUAAGGUUUACAACUGCAUCGAGGAAACUCUGCAACGAGUUCAUAAGACGAAAGAGGUAAGAAACAGUAUAAAUCAGUUUUCGUUCGGUGAGUGAUAAUUAUUUCUACAUUUUUAUUAUUUUGACAUAGGUUUUUCUUUUUUGCAAUUUAUUCACGUAUGAAAAAUGUAAUAGAAAAUCGUUAUAGUUUAUUUAGACGAAUCCAUGCGUUAAUCGAUCACGGCGGCAUCAUUUGCUUGUAAUCCACAUAAGCCUGGCGUGUUAACAUCGUGUCGCAUCAGGUUGCACGUAACAUACACGAUCGAACAAUUGUCAGUUUAAUCCUUUGUGACGAGUGAAAACAUCGCUGUAACCAGCAUGCCGAGUAUAUUCGAAAUAUCUAUCGUAGAAGAGAAAAUCCGGGCUGUUUUCCCGGGGAAAGCGUUUAUUUUCUGCACGUGAUCCGAAGUAUUUAUCCAUGCAUUCGUACUUUUUCACAAAGACCCUAAAGAUCUAGUUUAGCUGCACCAUACGAUAAAAUAGCGAGCAGGGAAAUCUUUCGCUGCAUGAACAAAGAUACGAGAGGAUAACUCAAAUUGGUUUGAAAUACGACAAAAGAUGGAGAUUUUCUUAAAUAUUUUUUUUCAGCCUUGAGUAUCGAUCUCGCUUAUCAACGUUAUGAUUUACGAGCUCUGGCGCAUGCCUGGCUUUGCCUCGUAAUUGCAAGAUCGGCAUUGUAUCUCGCCGUGGCAGGAAUAUAUUAAAUAACGAGCGGGGCCGGGGAAAACGUUCCAUUAAUAACGCGAGGUGGACACGUAGCGUUUGACUAUAGCCAAUUCGGAACUCUUUGACGUUGCUUAUCAGCGGCGCCGACGAGUGGGCUUCGAGGCAAGUAAUCGGCGAUACAAAAUGAAAAACGCUGAUAAUUUAAGCGUCGAACCCUCGGUCGAUCGAGGGAUGGAGCGAGCGAACGGAAAAGAGAGAGGGGAGAGAAAGAGAGACGAGCGGAAUAAUCCAGAGUGUUAUUUAUUCGUUGCUAUGGCACAGCCGAUGCACAAAGUUUUCAUAAACGUUGCUCGUGGGCAUGUUGAACGCGCGCGCGCCUCUCUCUCUCUCUCUCUCUCUCUCU